AUGCCUGCCUUGACCGGCUCAAUGCGAGAUCUACCCUCUCACGCCUCUCCGGUCUACUCCCCUAGACCUUCGGCUGGUAAAGAUGUCUCACAGUUCGAUCUCGACAAUGGAAGAUCGGAAUCUCCACCCCCUCCAACCUUCGUCAGUCCAGCAUUCACUCCUCCAUCUACUCCGGGCGCAGAGACGUCGACAAGGCACCAAGAACCUCGCUCAAUUCCUGUUGAUACCGCAUCCCGAAGACCGCCAAAGCUUCUCGACACACUUCCAGACGUCAAUUGCGUUGUUCGCGCAAGGAUACCUACGGUGACUGGCGCAGAGAUGUUUCUGCAUCUAUACCAAAACAACGUGGAUGAUAAAGAGCAUUUGGCUAUUGUAUUUGGCAAUGACAUACGGUCAAGAUCGUUAGACGCGCCACGGUCUGGCGAAACAGAAAUGGAUCGCAUGAUACGAGGCGCAUACACGGGCAGGCUUCACCCCGGAAGAACAUCGAGUCGAUUUGAUCCAGAGCCACACCCGUCUACCUCUAUGCUGAUAGCUCAAACCACUCACUCAUCACCCCUGGUCAGGAUACACUCAGAGUGCUAUACUGGCGAGACGGCAUGGUCUGCCCGGUGCGAUUGUGGAGAACAACUCGACGAGGCAGCCAGGCUUAUGUCUUUACCUUCGUCGCCUGGUGGCGUCAUUGUAUAUUUACGUCAAGAAGGUCGAGGAAUUGGUCUAAUGGAGAAGCUCAAAGCCUACAACGUACAGGAUCUUGGCUGGGAUACUGUCGAGGCCAAUCUCAUGUUACGGCAUCCAGCAGACGCAAGAAGCUACGGACUCGCCACAGCGAUGCUGCUAGAUCUCGGAUUUGGAGGAGAUGCAGGCAUCAAGCUACUCACGAACAAUCCGGAUAAAGUACGGGCAGUGGAAGGCCCUAAUCGCGAGGUCAUCGUUAAAGAGAGAGUGGCCAUGGUCCCUCUGGCUUGGAAGACAGGCGGAAAGAAGGGUAUACAUAGCGAGGAGAUCGAAGGCUAUCUACGAACAAAGAUAGGUAAGAUGGGACACAUGCUUGGAUGA